AUUUCGAAACGACAUUUUCUUUUACGAAUCCCAUGUUGCCAGUUCUAGUUAUCUUUUUAAAUAAAAAAGUCGUCAGUGAUACAUUUGUAGAAUUAUAAUUAAACUUUUUGGAACGAAUUUAACUAGUAUUUCUCUUGGUUGGUAUUUAAAUGAAAUAAACAUGCAAUUGACCGUUAAAUUUGUCUUAUUAUUGUUAUUGUUAGAAGCAGUGGUUAGUGAAGCAUCUUGUCUUAAUGAUAAUUGCACAGUAAAUUUCGAAGAAAACGAGACAAAAGUGCUUUCAAGAAGAAAGAGGUAUUUGAUAUUUCCAGAUGGUAGUUCGUUCCAAUUGGUUUUAUGUGUACAAACAGCAGCAGUAAUACCAAUAGGCGAUAUAUUUUUAUACGGAAAUACAGCGGCGCUGGCUUGGUCCCUGCCUUCGGACCCCAGUUUUUUAUAUAUGUUGAAAAAAUACGACAAAGAGGCAUUAAGGAGAGGAGACAUUGUUAAUAGUGUAAAUUAUCUCGACGAGAAUGGACACAUUAUAGCUAAAGUCCCAUAUAAGAGGAAACAAAUAGUGAAUCCGGCGUUCGCUAAGCGGAGCGUCGACGAACAAAUUACAUACAAGGAAAAACUAAAAACCAAAAUAGACCGAAUGAGUAUGCAUGGGAAACAACUCACCAGAGAUUACUUGAAAAAAGACCAUUUGGACGAUAGCACAGUCGAGUUUCACAGAAAUAGUCGGGUUGAAUUGUUUGAGAAAUUAGAAAAAUUAUUCACAGCACUAGGACAAGAUGGCCGCCAGUGCGUGCUCUACAAACUAUGUGAGGCGGCGCAGUUCGCUCCGGAGCAAGGCACAUUCCUACAGGAAUUCCUCAGAGUCAUCUUCACAUUACCCAAAGGAAAAGGAUUCUCGUCAGAACAACACAGAGAUUACGACCAAGCCCACUUGCCGACGAAUGAUUGCGCCACUUUGUAUCCGGGCUGUUAUGAUUUUGAAUUGAAAAUCUAAUAAACUGUGAAUUCG